CAUGCAGUGGAGGUGAAAAUCUUUCAAAUCAUACAUAAACAAUUAUACAGACAACCUGCAAUGAGGGUGGUGGUGGAGAUAUUGACUGGAAAUCUCUUCUACAUUCAAUUGGGGAAUGAUGCCACGGUAGCCGAUCUCAAGCUAGAAAUUGGAGCCCAGCAAAACCUUCCACAUGAUCGUCUCAUCCUGAUUCCGGACAAAAAUCAAUGCCAUGGCGAUUACAUGAUCAAUAGAGAUGAAGAUGAGACCUCUUUGGUUGAUUGUGGAAUUCAUGAUGGAUCUCACAUCUAUGUAUUCUUCAAUCCAGUUGAUGAUGGAUCUAAUCAUCAUUUUCUGUUCACUUCGCCUGAUUAUCUUGUUGGGUAACCUGCUUCCCCUGUCUGAACAGAACAGUGCUUCGCAUUUGAUGUUUCUGUAUGUUUGCUAGGAUCAACUAAUGUCUUGGUAUUUUGGUCAGUAAAUGUCAUGUAGAAAUUGAAGGAAUUAUUUGUUCUGAUUUCUACAUGCGUGCACGAGUAGAUCAAUGGCAUUCAUAAGCUGAUAAAACUCUCCAGAUUCGUACCAUUCUCUAAUGAAUACUCUGAACCCGAUUCUU